GUCCAUACACUAACGGGCUAUUGUGAACAUAAUAUACUUUGUCGAAAAGUCUGGUCGAUAAUGGGCUGAAUUAUCAUCGUUAUAUAACUCAACCGGUACUUAUCAUGAAACAUUUGUCACGUGUUCUAUGCCCUUUGGCCAGUACAGCAGAACGCCUAGACGUAAAGCGUGUCUCGGACUUAUGUAACCAGCUGACAGGCGAGUUAUGCAAAACGCUAUUUUUAAUUUACAUAUAUUUCAUUUAAACAGAGACAACGUCACUUGGUCAGGUACACACGUAAACGGACAUUGACGAAUACCUUCCUCGAACAAGCCUGCACAUGGAAUCAUGAGUGCCACCGGCAAGAUGGAGUACCGCUUCAUGGGCCGGUCUGGGCUGAAAGUGUCCUCCGUAUGUCUGGGAACCAUGAUGUUUGGUGACAGGGAGAACCCUUAUCCUGGUCAGAGUGACACUGCCACCUCGCAUGCCAUGCUCGACCGUUUCGUUGACCUAGGAGGCAACUUCAUCGACACGGCUGAUGUCUACUCCAAUGGUCAGUCAGAGGCCAUCAUAGGACAGUGGUUGAGUGGGCGCAGCAGAGACGAUGUUGUGCUGGCAACAAAGGUGGGACUCAGAUCCGAAAACCGCGGGUUGAGCCGACGAUCAAUCACACAGUCCUUGGAGAGAAGCCUGGAGAGGUUACAGACACAGUACAUAGACUUGUAUCAGACUCACUUCUGGGACAAGGGGACACCUAUUGAAGAGACGUUACGAACGUUUGACGACCUGGUGCGGUGCGGUAAGAUCCGAUAUGGCGGAAACAGUAACCUGUGUGGGUGGAUGGUGCAGAAGAUUGCAGACAUCACAGACCGACUCGGGCUUAAUCCAUUCAUCAGUCUACAGCAACGCUACAGCCUGGGUAGCCGUGACUCUGAGUGGGACGCCUUCGCUGUGUGUAACCAGGUGGGCGUCGGCGUGAUGGCCUGGGGGACACUGAUGAGCGGCUUGCUGACUGGGAAGUACAAGCAAGGGGAGCUGCCUGUCAACAGUGGUAGGGAGACCCGCCUGGCCUGGCUGGCGGAGGACGAGUCUCGCUGCCGGAGGAUCUUCCCUUCCUGGACCAAGAUACAGGAGGACACGCGACUGUGGGACACUCUCGACGUUCUCAAGCAGCUCGCCAACACUCACAACAGGAGUGUAUCCCAAGUUGCACAGAAGUGGGUCCUGCAGAAAAAACAUAGCAUCAAUCAUUAUCGGCAGCAGGGACUUGCCCCAACUCCAGGCCAACAUGGUGGCUGGCCAUACCGACUGGGAGCUCUCCCCACAGGAGAUGCAACACCUACAUGACGUGUCGAACAUAUCGCUUCCUUAUGAACAAGAGAGCUUCCGGACAAAGGGUACCAUGCAAAACCGCUUCAACCCACAGUUCUAGGCUCGGUGAGGCUUCCGUCACCUGUAGCAUCAUGUAUGUAAAUAUGUAUUGGUAAUAAAGCCAUUGCCCUUAUGUAUAUAAUAGCAGAAAAAUCCGAACAAACCCAUGUCCUAAAACGUGUAUAAAUAUUUUUAUAUUUUGAAUCUCAUUAUGUGACAUAUUUUACGUGCGCUUCGUCCAGCUUUCUGUGCAUAGUUUCGGCAGGUGAUCUGACUGCAGUGGACAUAGUCAAAAUAAACUUGAAGAAUAAAUAUUGUUACAAACAGUCAA